AUGAGUAGCCGUGCUGAGCAUCGAACGAGAGAGAGGGAGCAUCGAUUCUCGCGCUCACGCUCACCUCGUGGCCGUAGUCGCAGUCGUCGACGGAGCUACGAGCGCCGGCGCUCCGCCUCGCAGUUGUCUCGGAGCAGGAGUCGCUCGCUCGAGUCAAACUCGAGCGACAACGGCAGAAAAGAAAAGAAGGGUCCGCGUCACCGCUUGAAGAAGGAGAAGAAGAAGGACCGCAGGUCUGACAAAAAAGACAAGAAGGGCAAACACCAGUCGUCACGGUCAAAGGAGAAGAAACACGAGAAGAAACAGCGCAAAAAGGGCCAAAAGAAGAGUCGCCGCGACGAUAAAGAGGACGAAUCGUUCUCUUCGUCUUCGUCUGAUUCGGACACUACCCGCAGCGCCAUCUCAGGCAAGAAGAUCAAGCGCAAACUGAAUCGGUCAGCGGCAGACGUACAAAACCAAAGGAGUCGCCACCAGUUGCUGCAGUUUUACAACGGCGUGUUUGACUAG